UUUCUAGGGUCCAUCGCUAUGACAAAUGUGAUCAUAUGUUUUAAUUUCGUCAGAGCAAACAGACGUUGAGGAAGACGCUAAGAUAUUAUAAAUUAUUAUUCAAUAGAAAUUGCACCUAGUAUAUUUAUUUGAAAUGAGAGGCCAAAGGAGCCUUCAUCUACUGAAACAGCUGACAAAUGGAGCACAGCAGAGUCUUCGACAGGCUCACGGUCAAAGUUCAACCAAUUCGUUGAAGACACUAACAAAACAUUAUGAGGAAGUGAGCAUACCCGUUCCCUGGGGUCACAUAGCAGGCAAAUGGUAUGGCCCGAAACAUGUACGUCCGAUUCUGGGCAUGCACGGUUGGCAGGAUAAUGCUGGGACCUUUGAUACUCUAGCACCCUUGCUGCCCAAUCACAUGUCCUUUCUCAGCAUAGAUGCACCCGGACAUGGACUCUCCUCAUGGCUUCCCAAAGGCGUCAUGUAUCACUCCAUUGAUUAUGUGCAACUGGUUUUGCGGAUUAUGGAAGAACACAACUGGGAUAAAGUAUCCAUAUUGGGUCACUCGAUGAGCUCCAUAAACGGCUUUGUCUUCAGUGCAUUAUUCCCGGAGAAAGUGGAUAUGUUCAUUGGCUUAGACAUAUUAAAGCCUCCUAUCCGUAAUGCGAAUCAAAUUGUGAACGCCUUGUCAGAACGUCUGGAAAACUCGUUGAAACUGGAGCGACGCUUGCGUAGUGGCAGUGAACCGCCUGCCUACGAUUGGGAUCAACUGGUGGAGCGAUUGCAUCAGGGUUCGAACAAGUCCGUAGACAUGGAGGCCUGCAAAUACCUUCUGCAGCGCAACUGCAAGCCAUCCAGUCAUGAGCCGCACAAGUAUUACUUUUCGCGGGACAAUCGACUCAAGACUUCACAGUUCUACACACUCUCACUAGAAAUUGUGCUGGAAAUGGCAGCACGCAUUAAGGCGCCGCAUCUAUUUAUUAAAGCACUGCAGGCUCCCUACUACGAGAAUAAGAAGUACUACGACGCAACACUGGAAGUGCUGCGCAAGAAUCCACAGUUCGAAUUCCAUGAAGUCGAAGGAACGCAUCAUGUGCAUCUUAAUGAACCCGAGAAAGUGGCGCACAUAAUUAAUUCCUUUAUAAACAAAUGUAGACCCUUAUGAGCAUACAGCUCCCUAGACCCUUAAAAUUGUACAAACUGCCUAAGCUAAUGUUCGAUAUUAAAAUGUUUAACUAUGAUAUUGACCAUAAGUGACGAAUUUAGACCUUAAGGUGCGUUAUCGUAUAGCCCAAACUUAAUAAAAAUGCAAUAUGUUGCUUCUA